AUGAUCAGCACUAUCAGCGGAGGACCUACCGUUGCGGGGACGAGCCACCGUUCGAUGAAACAGUAUGUGCGUGCCGCGCAGUUCCCUCAGGUGCUCGGAAUAGAGAUGAAUCGGUUCCAGGAAACACCAAAAGUUCGUUGGGAGCCGAUCACAUUUUGCCAAGAGGAAGAAGAGGGAAUCCUCUAUCCCCACGACGACCCAAUGAUCAUCCGAGCUGAAAUUGCCGAUUACGAUGUAGGGCGAGUGCUGAUCGAUACCGGGAGCUCCGUGAGCGUAAUCUUUGCUGAAGCUUUCAGAGAGAUGGGAAUCAAUGACAACCAAGUCGACCGGCAGUUGACACCUCUGCUAAGCUUCUCUGGAGACUUGGUCCAACCAAUCGGUAGUGUCAGACUGCCAAUUACAUUUGGCACGGCACCAAAAAAAGCAACAACGUACGAUCAGUUCCUCAUCGUCGACUGCCCGACGGCAUACAACGUUAUCGUUGGCCGAACGGCACUGCCGAGGAUCAAGGCGCAUCUUUCGCCCCACAUGCUGUUGAUGAAGUUCCCUACCCCGAACGGCACGGGGGCAAUCCGGGGAAAUCAAUUCAGCGCACGGACUUGCUACGCUACGGCGCUCAAAGCAACCUCGUUCAUACUCCCCAACGAGACCAUGACGGUGCAAGGUUUACCGAACGGUACUGGACCGGUUGACGACCCUAGAGAUGAAUCUCCCACCCCUCACACACAACCUGCCGAAGAAUUGGAAACCAUAACCUUGAGCGAUGAACAGCCCGAUCGACAGGUUAGAAUCGGCACUAGACUCACUGCGAACCUCCGAACGCAAUUCAUAGACUUCUUGCGGCAUCAUUCGGAAGUUUUCGCAUGGUCUUACGAGGACAUGCCCGGAAUCGCCCCGGACGUGAUUAGCCAUAAACUCACCAUCUCCUCCGCCUAUAAGCCCGUAAGGCAGAAGCGCCGAUCAUACAAUGCCGAACGGUAUGAGGCGAUGCGCACGGAAGUCGAGAAACUUCAAACCAUCGGUUUCAUCCGGGAAGCAACGUAUCCGGUAUGGCUUGCCAACUCCGUCAUGGUAAGAAAGUCCACGGGCGGGUGGCGGAUGUGCCAAGACUAUACCGACCUCAACAAGGCCUGCCCGAAGGACAGCUUUCCGUUACCACGGAUAGACCAGCUCGUGGACGCCACCGCCGGCCACGAACUGCUGAGCUUUAUGGAUGCCUACUCCGGCUAUAACCAGAUAUUCAUGCACCCUCCCGACAGCGAACAUACCGCAUUCAUAACGGACAAAGGGUUGUACUGUUAUAAUGUCAUGCCGUUCGGUCUGAAGAACGCGGGGAACUGCCGAACAUCACUGCAGAACUUAUCGAUCAUGUUCGGCAUACUCAAAGACUACAGGAUGAGGCUGAACCCGAAGAAAUGCGCCUUCGGUGUAUCUUCCGGGAAAUUCCUCGGAUUCAUGAUCAGUCAGAGGGGGAUUGAGGCGAAUCCCGAGAAAAUAAAGGCAAUCAUCGAUAUGGAGAGGCCGAAGACGACGAAGGACAUUCAAAGCCUUACCGGACGCGUGGCCGCCCUGACCCGUUUCAUAUCGAAGGCUACCGAUAAAUGUGUACCGUUCUUCAAAGCCUUGAAAGGGGGCAAACGGGAUAUCACAUGGACUGCCGAAUGCGAUAACGCAUUUCAAGCCUUGAAGAACUACAUGAGCAAAGCCCCCCUUUUGUCAAAACCGCUGCCUGGGGAAAUUCUCUACCUCUACCUUUCGGUAUCCGGAACUGCCGUCAGCUCGGUACUAAUUCGGAAACCAGAGAAGGCAGAAUUACCAAUCUUCUAUGUCAGCAAGGCACUCCAGAGUGCGGAACUUCGGUAUCCACCAUUAGAGCAGCUGGCUCUAGCCCUUGUUGUCUCGGCACGAAGACUUCGGCCAUACUUCCAGGCACACGGGAUCAAAGUCCUGACCAACCAACCCCUCCGGCAAGUCCUCAAAAAACCAGAAAUUUCGGGCCGAUUGAUCAAAUGGGCGAUCGAACUCGGGGAAUUCGACAUACAGUUCGUUCCAAGGCCAGCGGAGAAGGGCCAGGCUGUUGCCGAUUUUAUCUCCGAGCUUACCCCAGCAACUGUACAACCGGCAUCUGAGGCGACUACCGAGACCAUAUUACCAUAUCAAACGGGCGCCGAGUGCCUCGACACAUCAACUCCCGUCUGGUGUUUGCACGUUGAUGGCUCGGCAAACCAGCAGGGAUGCGGAGCUGGCUUAGUACUGACAACACCGGACGGACUCAAAAUCGAGUACGCCCUCCGAUUCGACUUCCGGACAUCCAACAAUGAAGCGGAAUACGAAGCCCUCUUGGCCGGCCUUCGGUUAGCCAAGAGCAUGAAUGCAAAGCAAAUCCGAAUUCACAGCGAUUCCCAGCUCAUUGUGAACCAGGUAACGGCAGACUUCGCCGCCAAGGAUGCCUCCAUGUACGCCUACCUUUCAACCGCCCAUCAGCUCCUCCGAAGUUUCCAAGCAUACGAGAUCAAACAGAUCCCCAGGGGCGAAAACAGCCAUGCCGAUGCUUUGGCAAGACUCGCUUCGGCGAUAAACGACAAAGUCGGAAGAAAGGUACCGGUGGAGAUCCUUGCCCAACCGAGCACGGUAACCUCCGAAGCGUGUGCCGUACGGUAUGAGGAUACAUGGAUGUCUCCCAUCUACUUAUACCUGACGAACGGCACCCUUCCUGAGGAUAAAGCCCAGGCCCGGAAGCUGAGAUACCGAUCGGCAAGAUACACUGUCAUCAACGAUGUGCUCUACAAGCGUGGCUACACCACCCCAUAUCUCAAAUGUCUUACGGCAGAGCAGGGGGACUACGUCCUUCGGGAAAUUCAUAACGGUGUAUGUGGCGACCAUUCCGGGUCCCGAUCUCUCGCCUACAAAGUCUUUCGGCAGGGAUACUUUUGGCCAACCAUGCAUCAGGACGCCAAUACACUGGUGAAGAGGUGUGACAAAUGCCAGCGCUUCGGUAAUGUCCCACAUAUCCCUGCUGAACCUCUCACACCGAUUGUAAGUCCUUGGCCUUUCGCACAAUGGGGACUGGACCUGAUUGGCCCAAUGACGCAAUUCGAUUCGGAACUCUUCAGACAAUUUUGCAUCCGUUUGAAAAUCAACUUGUUUUUUGCAUCGCCGGCACAUCCCCAGUCGAACGGUCAGGUCGAAGCAAUAAACAAAAUAGUGAAGAAACUGCUGAAACGGCAGUUGGACAAGGCAAAGGGAGCCUGGCCGGAAAAAAUUCCCGAAGCACUGUGGGCCAUUCGGACGUCUUACCGAACGUCCACUGGAGAAACCCCUUUUUCUCUGGCCUUUGGAUCGGAAGCAGUGGUACCCGUGGAAAUCGGUGAACCUUCCUACCGAACGGAAGCCUUCGCACCGAAGCAGAACGAGGAGGCCAUGUCUCUAAGCCUUGACCUACUCGAGGAGCACCGAGCACAGGCCAACCUACGGAAUGAAGCCUACAAACAGCGUGUGUCUCGGUAUUAUGAUUCUAGAGUCAGACCCCGCUCUUUCCGAAUCGGGGACUGGGUCAUGCGCAAGGUAUCGCUUGCGACGAAGGAUACCACGGAAGGAACCCUCGGACCUUCCUGGGAAGGACCUUAUGAAAUCAUCGGCAUCCUUCGCUCGGGAACCUACCGAUUGCGAGGCUCCAACGGCAAGGCCCUCGGCCAUCCUUGGAACGUAGAACACCUCAAGUACUACUACAAGUGA